GGCUGGAACCAGAAUAGUUGCAUGAGGAGAGUUGUCUUUGGGACUCUAAAGUCCAAACUGCUGCAGGCAUUUGGAGGGGGACGAGAUGGCCCCUCGGGAUGUGGCCCGGGCAGCAGGAAUGUCUGCCGGAGUCCGGGCGCUGGCGAAGGGAGUGGUGGGGACAGUGCUAGCCCUAGGGGCUGUGUUGCUGCUCCGGACCGCCACAUUCCCGGGUCCGGAUGAACUACCAGACUGGGGGCAGGCAGGGACAUCACGGAUCCCUGCCCAGUUCAGCGAAACCGAACGGACAGCGAUGAAAGAGGCACUGAAAGAGGCAAUUCGGAUGCCCACAGUGGCCUUCAGCUCUGAAAACAUCAACACCACAGCCCUGGCUGAGUUUGGGCAAUUCCUUCCGAAAGUUUUCCCCUCCAUGUUCUCCACUAGCUUCAUCCACCAUGAGGUUGUGGAAGAAUACAGCCACCUCUUCACCAUCCGUGGGUCAAAUCCCAAGUUGGAGCCCUACAUGCUACUUGCUCACAUUGAUGUUGUACCUGCAUCAGAAGAUGGCUGGGAGGUGCCACCCUUCUCUGGGCUGGAGCGUGAUGGUUUCAUCUAUGGCCGGGGCACACUGGACAACAAAAACUCCGUUAUGGCAAUCCUUCAAGCCAUGGAACUGCUGCUAAGAAGAAACUAUGUCCCUCAAAGAUCUUUCUACAUCUCCCUAGGACAUGAUGAAGAGGUGUCUGGGAAACAUGGCGCACAGAAGAUUGCAGCCCUCCUGGAAUCACGAGGUAUCCGACUUUCCUUCAUCAUAGACGAAGGAGGCUACAUCUUCGAUAGUUUUUUCUCGGGCAUUGAGAAACCCUUUGCAGUGAUUUCAGUGUCAGAGAAAGGUGGCAUGAACCUCAUGCUACAAGUAGACUCUGCUCCUGGCCAUUCAUCAGCCCCACCUAAGGAGACAAGUAUUGGCAUCCUUGCAGCAGCUGUCAGCCGGCUGGAGCAAACACCAAUGCCUAACAUGUUUGGAGAUGGGCCUGAAAAGGCCUUGUUGGAGCAACUAGCCGGGCAGUUUAGCUUCCCUUUGAAUGUCAUCCUGACCAAUCUAUGGAUAUUUGGACCUAUUAUGAAAAGAAUACUUGAGAAGACUCUCGUCUCCAAUGCAAUGAUCCGAACCACUGUGGCACUUACCAUGUUCAACGCAGGGAUUAAGGUAAAUGUCAUCCCCCCAACAGCCCAGGCAACAGUCAAUCUUCGGAUCCAUCCAGCCCAGACUAUCCCUGAGGUGCUGGAGAUUAUCCAGAAUAUUGUGGCUGAUGACCGAGUCCAGUAUCAAGUGCUCUCUGUCUUUAACCCCCUCCCCAUGAGUCCCUAUGACAGUGAUGCUUUUGGCUACCAGCUCCUCAGAAGGACCAUAAAAGAUGUCUUCCCAGAAGUCACUGCUGUUGUCCCAGCAACUUGUAUUGGCAACACUGAUGUCCGACACUUUGCUAACAUCUCCACAGGCCUCUAUCGAUUUAACCCUGUCAUUUUACAGCCACAGGGCUUCAACAGUUUCCAUGGCUUAAAUGAGAAGAUCUCCAUUCAAGCCUAUGAGACCCAGGUAAUGUUUCUGUUUGAACUGAUCCAGAAUGCAGAUGUUGAGAAGGUCCCUGUACCUCAUUCUGCCACCCAUGAUCUGUGAAAGGAAGGUGACCAUCUCCAUCUAUCUGGAUGCUACGCCUUCCUCCAAAGUGCUAAGCUAAGCCUUCCUCCAAAGUGGCCAACCUCUAAACUGGGAUGGAGAGGGAGAGGUAUGAACAUUAUUGUUCAGAAGACUUUUGGACUAUCCCAGGAAAGACCACCUUCCUACCACAACUGCAGACCUGUCCAUGAGCAGAGGUUCAGUGAUGGAGAGGAGAGGCUAAUUGCCUAAUCUCCAAGAUCCCUGCCCUUAUUUGCUCACCCACCACCACCACCACCAUGGAGUAUGCCUCUCCCAGAUACCUUUGCUGACUUUCAGGCCUGGGCACCUGAGUUAGCAAAGGGCAAUCUUAAAACUCAUAGUUAAAUUUUUUUUCUAUGGAAGAUGUUCAUUUCUAGGCAGUAAUACUUAGCCCUUUAUACACAGCUUCUAUUAUAUCUUUUCCUCUGUCAUUCUGACCCUGAGAUCCCCAGUUUCUGACCCUCUCAUACUUUCAUACUUUCCUCCCUCCCCCACCUCUCUCUCUCUCCCUCUCUCUCUCCCUCUCCUCUCACUCUCUCCCUCUUCUCUCUCUCCCUCUCUCCUCUCUCUCCCUCUCUCCUCUCUCUCUCUCUCCCUCUCUCUCUCCCUCUCUCUCUCCCUCUCCUCUCUCCUCUCCCUCUCCUCUCUCCUCUCUCCCUUCUCUCUCCUCUCUCUCUACUCUCUCUUUCUCUCUCCCCCUCUCUCUCUCUUUCUCUCUCUCCCUCUUCUCUCUCUCUCUCUUGCUCUCGCUCUCUUUCUCUCUCUCUCUCCCUCUCCUCUCUCCUCUCCCUCUCCUCUCUCCUCUCUCCCUUCUCUCUCCUCUCUCUCUACUCUCUCUUUCUCUCUAUUUCUCUCUCUCUCUCUCUCUCCCUCUUCUCUCUCUCUCCUCUCUCUUUCUCUAUUUCUCUCUCUCUCUCUUUCUCUCUCCCCCUCUCUCUCUCUCUCUCUCUCUCUCUCUCUCUCUCCCUCUCUCUGUCUCUCUCUCUCCCCCCUCUCUCCUUUCUUCCCUCCCUCCUCCCCUCUCCUUUGCCCUCUCCCCCUUAUGCUGGGAGAAACCCAAACAUAAAAGGAGCCAAUGCAACAUGAAAUAAAUAAAGUGAUCAGACACAGUAGCUCAAUCCCUGAGAAAAUGGGCUCUGACUCUGGUCACUCUUUAGGAAACAAAGGCCUGGCUCUGGCCAAGGGACUCCCAAAGUGGGGAGGGUGACUAGGAACAGGGAGCAGCAAGGGGAGGAGGCAAUGGGAGGGAGACUGGAACCUGAGUGAGGCCUGAUUCUUGGGGCUGGGAGGGAAAAGGGCCUCCUGUCCUUGGGCUGCCCCCAGCUCCCCUGGGCCGUUCUCCCUCCCACUUGGCCUGCAGGCCUGUUCCUUCCACUGCUGCCCCUGCCCUCUGCACCCCUGCCAGGGCUAAUCUGCGGAAACAUUCCCCUGGCACGGCCCCACAGCCCCUCUGCUUUGUACUCACAGAGGGGAGGGUCCAAGUGCCCUCGAGGCCCCAGCCUCUCUGCCCAGCCGCUAGCCAGCAGGGCCCCAGCCCUGGCCCAGCCCCAUGGCCUGAUUGAGUUUGAUCAAAGGCAGGGGGAAGGGUGCUCUGGGGUCUAGGGAAAAGAAAUGGGAUUUAGGAUAGAUUUUUCAUUUAGAAGAUGAGACAAGGAUGGAAGGAGGCUCUUGGCCUCUGUCAGGGGAAGGGAGGAAGCUCCUAACAAAUUGGAAUCCGUUUCCAUGACAACCAGGUGGGGGGCCUGCAAGCUCUGGUGCUGCUUGGCCUGAUUUAGGAGCUGCUCUUUGUGGAUCACUGGGUCGUUAGGGUAAUGGAGGGAAGUGCAGAGGGGGUUGGGCAAAGGAAAGCUCCCUUUAUUUGAGCCAAGCCCAGAACUUCCCUGGGGUCAGUGGACAGGCUUGGCAGAAACUCUUCAGAGCUCCAGUGGACAUGAUACCAGCUUCCUCCUCUUGCCCAUCCCCUGCACUCAGGCCCUCCGUCCUGUCAGCCUGUCAUCCCUCCCCUACUCCUUUGGACCAUUUCUUUGGCAUUUACCCUAAAGGGAAUCAAGCCAGAGUAGAAAAUGUAACUCAAUCCAGAGUCAGGUAGCACCUGGGUGUUCUCUAUUAGGCCAAGUCACAGAAACCUCUGGGACUCCGUUUCUUCAUCUGCGAAAUAGGAAAGUUGGAGUCGAGGAGGGAUUCUUUUUUUUUUUUUAAUUUAAUUAGUCAAUUUAGAACGUUAUUCCUUGGUUACAAGAAUCAUAUUCUUCCCCACCCCCACCCCUUCCCAUAGCCUAUGCACAAUUCCACUGGGUAUUACAAGUGUCCUUGAUCAAAACCUAUUUCCACUUGAUGUUUGCACUAUGGUGAUCGUUUGGAGUCUACAUCCCCAGUCAUAUCCCCAUUGAACCAAGUGAUCAAGCAGUUGUUUUUCUUCUGCAUUUCUACUCCCACCGUUUUUGGAGGAGGGAUUCUGAAACUUUUUGUGUCAUGGAAUCUUUUGGCAGACUUGUGAAACCUAUGGACCCCUUCUCAGAUUUAAAAUUUUUAAAUAACUGAAGUGAAUAUUAAAUUUCUGUUAGAGAUUAAUGAAAAUAAAGAUGCCUUUUUUUCCAUCCAA